GGCUGCGGCGCCGCCUGGGCCGCGGGACCCCGGCGUGCGGGCGGCGGCCCCGGGAGCAUGAGCGGGCAGCGCGUGGACGUCAAGGUGGUGAUGCUGGGCAAGGAGUACGUGGGCAAGACCAGCCUGGUGGAGCGCUACGUGCACGACCGCUUCCUGGUGGGGCCGUACCAGAACACCAUCGGCGCCGCCUUCGUGGCCAAAGUGAUGUCCGUCGGGGACCGCACGGUGACGCUGGGCAUCUGGGACACGGCCGGCUCUGAGCGCUACGAGGCCAUGAGCAGAAUCUACUACCGGGGAGCCAAGGCGGCCAUCGUGUGCUACGACCUCACGGAUAGCAGCAGCUUCGAGAGAGCCAAGUUCUGGGUGAAGGAGCUGCGCAGCCUAGAGGAGGGUUGUCAGAUCUACCUGUGCGGCACCAAGAGUGACCUGCUAGAGGAGGACCGGCGGCGCCGGCGGGUGGACUUCCACGAUGUCCAGGACUAUGCCGAAAAUAUCAAAGCCCAGCUCUUUGAGACAUCCAGCAAGACAGGCCAGAGUGUGGACGAGCUCUUCCAGAAAGUGGCAGAGGAUUACGUCAGCGUGGCUGACUUCCAGGUGAUGACAGAGGACAAGGGUGUGGAUCUGGCCCAGAAGGCAAACCCCUACUUCUACAGCUGUUGCCAUCACUGAGUCGCCGAGCACCUGGCCUGGGGGAAUGGAGGGAAUUCCCCCAGGGGCUGGACGCACAGCCCCUGUCCAGGCUUGGGCAGUUCAGGAUCUGAGCUACCCCAGGUCUCCCCAGGAGCAGAGGUGGCACUGCCUGUGCUGGCCCGCGGGAUGGAUGGCCGUGGGCAGAUUUGGAUUCCGGGCUUCAGCCCUGGACAGCACCUGUGUCUACUGACUAUUUAAGUGGCUUCUGAUCUGUAAAUAAAAUCAGUGCACUGUGA